AUGAGAGGCAGGGGAGUGGAGAAGAAAAGGAAGGGGAGUGAGGAAGGGAGAUGGACUCAAGCACUCAAAAGCAAGUACUCGGAGGUGGAUGGGCGCCCAUAUUUUCAUUUUGCUGUACAUUCUGCCAAGCUUGAACCACCAAAUUUGGAUAAUGGAGACAUGAUUGACUGUGUGGACUUUUAUAGUCAGCCUGCUAUGCGAGAUCGUCGCAUUAGAAGAAAUCCCCAAUCGAGAGCAAAUUUCAUGCUGCAAGGAACAAUAGCAGCAAAAAACAAAACCCGUGAAUUGGCUAGUGACAGAUCGGGAGGCAUUGACCUAGAAGAAGAGAGAUGUCCGCCAGGAACUGUUCCAUUUCUCAAGGCUACCAAAGCAGGACCACUUAAUUUUAGUGCUAUCGAUGACCUUGUAAGGUCACGUGCUAAGUUCUUUUCUGGAUCCAGAACUGUGCCAUUAGAUCUGAAAGAUUUAGCUAAAGAACGUGAGUAUGCAGUGGUUAAGGCGACAAAUGGAAAAUAUAACGGAGCAGAAGGAACUCUUAAUGUUUGGGCACCUGUUGUUGAGAUACGUUCAGAGAUAAGCGUUAUGCAAAUAUGGGUUGUAGGAGUGUCCGGAGGGAAUGUCAUGACACUAGAAGCUGGUUGGAUGGUGAAUCCUAUUGUAUUUGGAGAUUUUGCUUCGCGGUUUUUUUUCUUCACUACGAAUAGCAGCUAUAAAACAACCCUUUAUGGUGAGAACAAGAAGAGACCAGUUGAGAAAAAUAAUCUGCAAUUUGUAAGACAGAGCAAUUACAUGCCCUUCGGCAAAGCACUCACUACCUCAAACUAUGGAGGGCGUCAGCACGCAAUCAAAAUUAGCAUAAAAACGAACGAACAUGAAGAUUGGGAUCUUUCUAUUGACGGCAACCUGAUCGGGUUUUGGCCAAAAGAAAAUUACGACGGCAGAUUCUCCCUGGCCAUUCAGGUUGAUUGGGGAGGAGAGAUAGUAAACAAGAGGAGUACUGGAAAGCACACAAUCACACAGAUGGGCAGUGGCCAUUUUCCACAGGAAGGAAUAGGGAAAGCUGCCUACAUCAGCAACAUGGCCUUAUUUGAUGAGAACAUGGAGGUAUAUAAUCCGACCGAUAAGCUUCAAAAGUUCUCCACAGUUCCGAACUGCUAUGAUGUAAUUAUUUGGCCGCCUGAUAAUGAACGUGGCUGCUAUGUAACCCUGGGUGGUCCUGGAUAUGAUAAAGAUAGGUGUCCUUAA